UUUACCUCAGCUUUCAAAUUUCAAAUUUACUUCCCUACAGCCUCAUUAAGCAGCCUUUUGAUUACACCUUUUCCAUCUCCAAGCUCCUCUACAUCCUCUUCCAGCAGUUACCAGCGCCGCUGGCUUCGAAGUCAGACAACAAGUUUGGAAAAUGGCAUCAUUCCAAGAAGGUCAACUGAUGAGACAUUCAGCUUGGCUGAAGAAACCUGUAGUUCUAAUCCCGCCAUAGUUAGAAGGAAGAAAAUUGCCAUAAGCAUCAUCUUUUCCUUGUGUGAGAAAGAAGAAGCACAACGGAAUUUCCAGGACUUCUUUUUUUCUCAUUUCCCCCUGUUUGAAUCUCACAUGAACAGGCUGAAGAGUGCAAUUGAAAAGGCCAUGAUAUCCUGUAGGAAGAUAGCAGAAUCAAGUCUCCGAGUCCAGUUUUAUGUCAGCCGUCUCAUGGAAGCUCUGGGAGAAUUCAGAGGGACUAUCUGGAACUUAUAUUCUGUUCCAAGGAUAGCUGAACCUGUAUGGCUUACCAUGAUGUCCAGCACUUUAGAAAAAACCCAGCUCUGCCAGCGCUUUCUCAAGGAGUUUACCCUUCUGAUAGAACAGAUCAACAAAAACCAGUUUUUUGCUGCCUUACUGACUGCAGUGUUAACCUACCACCUGGCCUGGGUUCCGACUGUCAUGCCUGUUGAUCACCCUCCCAUUAAAGCCUUCUCAGAGAAACGUACCUCUCAGUCAGUGAACAUGCUGGCCAAAACACAUCCAUAUAAUCCUCUCUGGGCACAACUGGGUGAUCUUUACGGAGCCAUAGGCUCUCCAGUGAGACUGACUCGCACUGUGGUGGUGGGGAAACAGAAGGAUUUGGUCCAGCGCAUACUUUAUGUCCUGACCUACUUUCUUCGUUGUUCUGAGCUACAAGAGAACCAGCUGACCUGGAGUGGGAAUCACGGUGAAAGUGACCAAGCUUUAAAUGGGAGCAAGAUCAUAACAGCCUUGGAGAAAGGAGAGGUGGAGGAAUCUGAGUAUGUGGUGGUUACAGUGAGAAACGAGCCUGCUCUUGUUCCUCCCAUCCUGCCACUAACGACGGCUGAUAGAAGGAACCCCGGGCUCACAGGGCUAACUGAGGCCCCACAGGGCACUGAUCUUAGGUACCUGGAUCCCAGACCUGAUGGAGAAGGAAGCAAGAGGCCAGAGCAGAGUUCUGAGACUUGUGGCAUGGGAUUCCAAGAGCAAGCACCAGACAGUUCUUGGAAACCUCAGGGUGCAUUUUGUGGGGAUGAAGAAAGUAAAAAAGAAGAAUCACAAGAUGGCUCUUCACGAUUUUCCAGCUGUGUAGUCCUGGGGGCAGGAAUGACCGUUGAGCAACUGACUUUCAGUGAGGAGUUGAAAGGGGAGAUACCUAAGAAAUCACCAGACCGGUCAGCAGCCUGGCCUUGCCCUGACAGACAUUCCCAAGAGAAGCCUCCCUUAGAAAAGGUCACUUUCCAAAUUGGAAGCUCCAUAUCUCCAGAGUCUGACUUGGAAAGCCGCACAAAAAAAAUGGAGGAGCGACUACAGGCCUGUAGACGAUAUCCAGAGUUAGCCAGUGGUCUCUCGGCUGAGUCCAGGGUGGACACUGAUAUGGCUGAGGACCAGCAGGUUUCUAGGUACUCCUUCAUACCUGGCUUUCAACAGAAUGUCUGCUGUCCUCAGGAUCAGUCGUCUGAGGGGGAUGAAGGUGAAGCUGAUGGAAGUUUUGCUGAGGACAGAGGCAUGAGGACUGGCAUCGUGGCAGAUGCUGCCAGGCAGCUCCACCAAACUGCUGACUCAUUUGCACCUGGUGACAGUGCAACAGGAACUGGACCAAGAACACUGGAGAAGAUGAGAGCUUUGUAUUUGAAGGAUGCAGAAGCACCUUUGUUGGAGCCUGUUCUAAACAGGUGUGUACAGCAGGACUCUGGCCUCUUGGUUGCUGCAGAUGUCCCCUGUGGGGAUACCAAGAGGAAGGCCGACUUCAGGAUUGAAGGAGAUAUUCCUAGAAACGAAAGCUCGGACAGUGCUCUUGGAGACAGUGACGACGAAGCAUGUGCUUCAGCCACGCUGGAUCUAGAGCACAGCUGUGACAGGACUGAAGCAUCCUUGGAAGUGGAGCUGCCUCUGCCAAGGUCUCAGAGCAUCAGCAACCAGAAUGUAAGAAACUUUGGCCGCUCACUUCUGGCAGGUUACUGUCCCACAUACAUGCCUGAUCUGGUGCUUCACGGGACCAGCAGUGAUGAGAAGCUGAAGCAGUGCCUGGUGGCCGAUCUUGUCCACACGGUACACCAUCCAGUGCUUGAUGAGCCAAUAGCUGAAGCUGUCUGUAUUAUUGCAGACACGGAUAAGUGGAGUGUCCAGGUAGCCACCAGUCAGAGGAAAGUGAUGGAUAACAUGAAACUAGGCCAGGAUGUUUUGGUGUCUAGUCAGGUGUCCAGUUUACUUCAGUCCAUUUUACAGCUUUACAAGCUUCACCUCCCUGCUGAUUUUUGCAUCAUGCAUCUUGAAGAUAGACUACAGGAGAUGUACCUUAAAAGUAAAAUGCUGUCUGAAUAUCUUCGGGGACACACACGAGUCCACGUGAAAGAAUUAGGUGUUGUACUGGGGAUUGAAUCUAACGACCUUCCUCUGUUGACUGCUGUUGCCAGUACCCAUUCUCCUCACGUGGCUCAGAUACUCUUAUAAGCUAAAGCUCAGGACAGUUCUUCCUUGGAAGAAAAAAAAUCAAAUUCUCAACUGAAGGAGAAAGGAAUAAGCUUUGUAAGAUCAGUAUAAGAG